AUGUCCCCCUUAACGAGAACCGUAGCUAUAAGGAAAACAGUCAAAGCCCUAUCUAAAUGCCAAUCUGGUAAAGAGUACACACAGAAAUUUCUCCAACGUGCAUAUACAACCUCGCAGGCAAAUAGCACAUACUAUUCAAGGAUAAAAUUAUUCGUAUCAUCCCAUUCCAAAGCCCUAAACAUUGCUCUACUGAGCGGGUCCUUACUUUUGACCUAUUCUUACUAUUCCCCCAGAAAGGUCCUCUCCCUUGAUACAAUCAAUGGAAUAAAGGAUUACUCUACAAAUAGCCGUGGAAAUACUAGCAUGCCCCCACGUAAAUCAAAGGAGACACAAGCGCAAAAAAAUCAAGAACCCCAAAGUGAUCAGUCCGUGCCUAUUUUAAAUGAUGAUAAAAUAGAGGCUAAACUACAUGAUAGGGAGGAAAGUCAUUUUGUGAAUCGCGGUACUGGUAUAUUUAGGUAUGAUGUGGCCCAACUGCCCUCUAACCAUCCAAUAGAAGAUGACCACGUAGAGCAGAUUAUUACCAUCCCAAUAAAGACUGAGGAUGGUAAGUCCACAGAGAAGGAUCUGUAUUUUUUUGGGAUUUUUGAUGGUCAUGGUGGCCCCUUCACUUCAGAAAAGUUAUCCAAAGAUUUGGUUCGUUAUGUAGCCUAUCAAUUGGGUAAGGUUUAUGACGAAAACAAAACAGUCUUCCGCUCCGACCCCAAUAAGUUAAUUGACUCUGCGAUAUCCGAAGGGUUUUUGAAGUUGGACAACGAUAUCGUGAUGGAAUCAUUUAGGAAACUGUUCAAAGAUCCAAGCAAUACUAACAUUGCAAAUACCUUACCUGCCAUUUCGGGAUCUUGCGCACUAUUAAGUUUAUACAAUUCUACUAACUCAAUUCUGAAAGUGGCCGUAACUGGAGAUUCAAGGGCUUUGAUUUGUGGUUUGGACAGCAAGGGAAACUGGACUGUUAAUUCAUUAUCUACUGAUCAGACCGGCGAUAAUCUGGACGAGGUACAAAGAAUUAGGAAAGAACACCCGGGGGAGCCUAGGGUCGUAAGAAAUGGAAGAAUAUUGGGCUCGUUGCAACCGUCCAGGGCAUUCGGAGAUUACCGCUAUAAAGUCAAAGAAGUUGAUGGAAAACCAUUGUCAGAUUUGCCUGAAGUCGCCAAGCUUUAUUUCAGAAAGGAACCAAGGGAUUUCAAGACCCCCCCAUACGUAACUGCAGAACCAGUAAUUUCUUCUGCCAAAAUUGGUGAAGACACUAAAUUUAUGGUGAUGGGCUCCGAUGGUUUAUUCGAACUACUAACUAAUGAAGAAAUCGCUUCAUUGGUUAUCAGAUGGAUGGAUAAAAAUCUGAGUAUUCCAACAACUCUUAAUGCAGAUCCGGGAAAAUUACCAAAAGUCAUCGAUAUUUCUGACGACAAGGAAGCACAGAGACCGGCAUUUAGGUAUAAAGAUGAUAAGCCAAGCUCUUCAUCGACUUCAACUUCAGAAUAUCUCAUUGAAGACAAAAACGUCGCCACCCAUUUAAUAAGAAACGCAUUAAGCGCUGGUGGAAGAAAAGAAUAUGUAUCUGCAUUAGUCAGUAUUCCAUCGCCAAUGAGUAGAAGGUACAGAGAUGACUUGACAGUAACUGUGGCGUUCUUCGGUGAUUCCGGAACGCCUCUGAACGUAUCGAACGCCACUUCAAUAGUGAUGAAUCCAGAGGCAACUACAAAGCCUAAGCCUAGAUUAUGA